AUGACUACAAGAAUAGGAGUUAUGGUCAGAAUUAGACCAUAAUUAGAGUUUGAAAAAAAGAAAGGAUUCUCUACAGAAAAGCUAUCUAUCUCAGAAGAAACAUAGGAGAUAAUUAUUAAUGGAGAGGAAAAUUAAAUAGAGCGAUGUUACUAAUUUACCAAAAUCAUUACAUAGAAUUAAAAUUAAAAACAAUGUUUUGAUGACACCAAAUUAUCUGAUAUGGUGAAUAGAGUAAUUGAAGGAUUUCACUCUACUGUAUUUGCAUAUGGCUAAACUGGUAGUGGGAAAACAUUUACAAUGGAAGGAAUUACUUAUGAAAACAACGGAAAAGGAUUGAAGCCUUAAAUAGAACCUGAGGCUAUUCGUAACGAAAAUAUGGGAAUUAUUCCAAGAACAAUUAUUUCAACUUUUGAAACUAUUAAAAAAUACUCAAGAGUAAAAAAUAGGAUUUAUAAAGUUUAUUUGUCGUACUUAUAGAUAUACAAUGAAAAAAUAUACGAUCUACUUAACCCAGAGAGUUCUAAAGGUCUUCGUAUUAGAUGGAGCAAGAAAGAUCAAUUUUCUGUUGAAAAUUUAUUUGUUUUUGAAUGCUAAAAUGCAAACGAAGCUCUCGAAUUGUUUUAUAAAGGAAUUAAAAAUAAAUUUAUGGCAACACAUAGACUUAAUACACAGUCUUCUCGUUCUCACUGUAUUUUAACUUUAAGAGUAGACUCAAUGACUGCAGAAGAUCCAGAUAAUAUCAUAUCUAGUAAAAUGUAAUUAGUUGAUUUAGCAGGAAGUGAGAGAGCUUCCCAGUCUGGAGUGGAAGGUUAAAAUUUGAAAGAAGCUAUAGAAAUUAAUAAGAGUUUAUUUACCCUUAGAUAAGUAAUUAGCGCUUUGGCUGAGUAUUUUCAAGAUCAAAGUUAGAAAAAGGAAAUGCCGUUUGUACCAUAUCGAGACAGUAAACUUACUUGUUUACUUAAACAAAGUAUUGGUGGCAACAGUUACUGUUUAAUGAUUGCAUGCCUAUCACCUUGUGAUGAAUACUUUGAUGAGAAUAUUUCUACUUUAAAUUAUGCAACUUAGGCAGGUUUUAUUACAAAUCAACCAGUUAGAAACGAAGAUCCAAGGAUAAAGCAGAUUAAUAUCUUAAAGAGCAAAAAUAGUGAGCUUAUUAAGGAAUUGCAUAAAGCUAAUGAGCACAUUGCAUUUUUAAGCUCUUUAACUAACUAAACUAUGAAGGUUUUUGGAUAAGACUAUAUGAAUGGUAAAACAUUUUCUCCUUAAGGAAAUAAAUAAAACAAGAUUCCAUCUCCUACAAAAACGCUUGAUUUUAAUUAUGUAAAUCAAAACGAGAACAUAAAUCCAGGAUUUUAAACUCCAUCCGAGUUAAGACGCUCUCACAACAUUCAGAAUACUCAGUAUGGAGAAAAGAUAAAUGAAAGAGAAAUACUCAUAAAAUCUCAAUAAAUAAGUUUUGGUAAUGCAGGUGGUUAAAAUAGAGAAAAUAUCUUGUAACCUCUUAACACUAAUAGUCCUACUAGAUUCUAGCCAGUAUUAAAUAAAUCUUUUAUGGGGUAGGUAUCACCAGGAUCUAAUCUACAAACAAUUAAAGGUUUUGCAGAAAGUGAUAAAAAAUCAAGUGAUUCCUACUAAUAAGCGAAACUAGACUCGGAAAACAAUUCACAAUAAUCAAAGCAAACCAAUUAUUAGAUCUAAUAGCAAUAGUAAUUCGGAGAGAAUUUAAACAAUUAAUAGUUAUAAAUUCAUUAAGCAAAUAUUUCAUAACUAUCUGGAGUUGCCAAUGGUUUUGGAUUCACUACUUUGGGGCAGGAUUUUGCUAUAAAGAGACUAAUAGAUUCUGUCAAUAUGAUAAGAGAGUUACUUUAAUCAAAUACUGAGAUGAGAGAGAUUAUAGACAGCAUGAACUAAGAGAAGGAAAACUUUAAUGCAGAGCUAAAUAUACUCCAAAUGGAAAACUAAGAUUUGAGGGAAAAGUUAGAAAUUAUGGAGACAUUCCAUGCUACAAGCAGUGAAGUCUCAAGUGAGUCAACUAAUGAAUGUAGAAAAAACAAUAAUUAAGAUGACAUCCUUUCUCUCAACAAAAGAGAAAUAGCCUCAGAAAUACUUUAGUUAAGGAAAGAUAAAAGGAAGCUUAAUCAACGAAUUAAGUAGCUGGAAAUAGAAAAUUUAAAUUUGUAAAAUAUAAUUAAUCCUAAUUUUACCCAUGCUGAACCUACCCGAACCCAUCUCUAGGCAACACCUUCCUCUUAAAUAAAUAAAAGUCGAUCAAUAAUCACACCUCACUCUAGAAACGAAAGCAGAUAAAACCAACUGUAAAACUCAAAUUUGAUGUAAAUACAAGAUAAUUGCAUUACUAAUGGAAUAGUCAAUGUUUCUCCUUUUCCUUUGACAAACAAUAAUAACAACCAAAAUGGAAAUAAUAAUCCUUUGGAUGAUAUUACAAAUUAAUAAGAAGGUAGCUAGAAUAUGAUGAGCACUAAUUAUUGUUAGGCCAGAAAUAAAAAUCAAAUUAACUGUAACUCUGAUUGUAAUAAAGAAUAAAAAACAAGAUUUGUCAGGAGGGAAUAGUCAAAUUAAUCAUCAAAAUAAUAUUUAAGGGAAAAUAGUACAAAAGUCUCUAUUGGCUUAAGUAAUAGCUAUAUCGGUUAACAACAAUAGCAAUCACAUAAUUAAUUAUCUCAAUAGUAUCACCAAUAGUUGCAAUAAUAAUCUAUAUCAACUGUCUCUUAGCAUAAUUAUAAAUAAUGCCACUCAAAUGUUGAGUACAAUCUGUAAUAGUAAGCAAAUAUCCAAAGUAAUUAAAGCAUAUAUUUAUAAACAUAAAAUCCAUAAUCUUCUAACUAAAUCACAAGCUUAACAGAAAAUGAUUGCCCUCAAAAAUCACCUAACUUAUAUUAAUAUAAAAAAAAAUAUCCUAAGUAGUCAUAAACUAUCCAUCUUUCAAAUAAUUUUGCUUAUUCUUUGACUAAUGCUCAAACAACUACAUCAAUCGUUUCAUCAUCUAAUGUGCCUAAAACUGCUUUUGUCUUAAAGGAAGCUAAGUAAGAAGAAAUAUAAAACCAGUAACUCAUCUAAAAUCAUUAUUAAUAUAUGUAAUAAUAACAAUAAAUUCCACUAAAUAAAUCAAUUAAUAGUUCUCACAUUAAUAGUGGUGUUUGCAGUAGUAGUUCCUCCAGCAGUGGUUACUAUGCAAAUGUGAACAAUUAAAACACUUCCAGUAUUAAUAAUAGAACAGCAACAAAUCCUAACUGUGAAUCGAAGUCUCCCAAUAGUAUCAAUAGGAUGGCAUAAAUAGAAACAGCUUAUAAUUGGAAAAUAAAAAUUACUCCCAAAAAUAAUAAGUAAAGGUCAAUAACUGGAGGGAAAAAGCCUCCGAGAACUUAAGAAGAAGGUAACAGAUGGUGUAAAACACCUCUGCAAUAAAGACCAGAUAUGUCUGAAAUAUUACCAAUUCUAAAUAACCAUAGCAUUUCUCAUAAUAUUUAAAAUUUCUGA